AUGGCCUCCUACUUCUCCUCCUUCAAAUCCUCCACCGCAGUCUCCAGCUUUGGCGCCCGCUUCAACUCUCUCCGCCGUGCCAUAUAUUCCGGCGACGAGGUCGAUGACACUGACAACGAAGACUGCUCUCACAUCUCCAACGUCCUGCGAGCCUACUACACAGAGAAAGGCCGCUGCUUACCUCCCUGGCUGCCUCCUGAUCCCAAAUCCCCGGCCCCACCCCUUCCUACCAUCAGCGUCGCCAGCCAAACCCCUUUCCAAGGCUACGGCGGAGGACCAGCACCAGGAGCCUCUGCAGCCGGUGGUCGUGGCGCUGGCAGCGGCCUAGGUGAUCUAUGGGGAGAUUCUAGUCCCACCAAACCACCAUCACAACAACCACAAAUCUCCAGCCUGCGGCUAGGUCGCAACCCAUCACAACAAUCGGCCCCAACCCCACCAUCACAUCUCAUGCCUGGGCCCAUGAAUGUGCCAGCUCGACCCGCCACGGCAACUGCGAUGUCAGGGAAUGAUAGCUCGUAUUUCGACUUCCAGCAGUCGCACACACCUCCGCCUUCAGCUGCCCCAAGUGUCCGUCCUCUCCCCAGCCAGCGGGCAGGAUCAUACCAAAAUACUCAGGCUGCACAGCAAAACAGAUUGGGCACGGGACUUGGUAGGGCUUCAUCGGGAGCAUCAGCCCAAGAACGGCUGCGUGCAAGAAUGCACGGUGGUAGGACCAGUUCGCCACCAGCCAGGAAUCCGAGUCCUGGGAAUAGGGGUAGAAACGAACAGAGUCCUGGAGGUGGAGAGGCAUACAUGGGGUCAACUCGCCCAUGGGAUUCUGGAGAUCCUUAUGGCUCUUCUGCGUAUGGCAGCGCUGGUGGAAAUGGUACGAAUGCACCAACGGGACUGCCUGGGAGACUGUUUGGGCCGCCACGGGGUUCUCGAUAG